AUUUUGGCAGUUUACGGUAAAAAUCAAAAUCCAUAUUUCUUUUGUUUGUUAACACACGUGAAGAGGUAGGGAUCCCCCAUUGUUGCAGUGAAUCCAAAUGGUGCUUACAAAUUUCAAUGGAACCGGUAUUGGAUUCGGUUUUGGUGCUGGCUGUGGCUUCGGCGUUGGAUGGGGUUUCGGAGGUAUGCCUUUGAACUUCCUAGGCCUCGGUGCAGGUGGAGGCUGUGGAGUUGGGCUAGGGCUUGGAUGGGGCUUCGGCGCAGGAUUUGGUAGUAAGUACCGAUCUUCCAGGGUUAUUUUUCAAGGUGUGGAGUUUAAUAAGAAAAGUGAAACCGAAGAGACACGGGCAUCUUGAAAGGUUCUUGUAUCCAUUUAGAACUUUAUUCACCACCUCAAGCAUGUGGAAUUGAGAUUAAAUUAUCCCCACUGACUCACAGAAACUUCUAUUUGGUUAAGUCUACUUCUGAAUUAUGAGAUAAUGUAUGUUAUUGCGGUACAAAUGGUGAUGGUGAUUUCAAUUUUUAACCCA